CAUCAUGAAGCAGUUCACCAUUGUCACUCUGGGCCUCCUCUCAACAGCGUUUGCCCUGCCCCCUCAGCAAGAUGCUCAGCAUCCAGGUCUCGUCCCGCGGGCCGCUAUCUGCAAGAAUUUCUACCUUUCCAAGAAAGACGGGUCUGGCAACGGUCCAUGGACUUGCUGCUGCGCCAACACCCAGUGCACGGUCAGCUGGGGGGUCACCUCAACCGCCAAAUUGAACGCCAAUCUCGGUGGUGACUGGUCGCCGGUUGAUGACAAGUAUCACAUGUAUGUCGCGGCUGGAAGUCGUUGCGAUCACUAG